AAACGGCCGAGGCCUAUCAGGCCCGGAUGACGGCCUUGUUUACCGAAGCUAAGAAACGGGCGGAUGAGGUAGCAGCCGCAGAGAAGAAGAAGGCAGAGGACGCCGAGGAGGCACGGUUGUUGGCAAUCGAACAGCAGCGCCAGCAAGACGAGGCAACAACAAUGGCUGCCGAUGAAGAACGAAUUCAACGACGCGAGGAGAUAUUCAGCGGAGAGCGAUUUUUGCUCACAAUGGCAACGGACUGGCGGGCGGAGGCCGAGAAUGGUAAGAUGGAAGAGAGUGAAAGCAAGAUCGCUCUACUCCUCUCCCAUUUCACGGAUAUCCUGGCAACGUGCAUUGCACAGCAGGAGGACAUCUACAGCCUCGACGAUGCGUUGGCUCAACUCAACAGCCGCCUCCAGCAGCUGGAGCAACGACCCGUCGCCGCUCCUGACGCCAGCUCCUCCAACACCUCCGGUCGCCUCAAUGCAUUGGAGAUCGAUGUCGGCGCCCUCAAGAACGACACGCAGCUACAACAAACCGCCACGCAACAACUGGAGCAGCGGAUCUGUGCUGUCGCCGCCAACCCGAGUUUGGCACCGCGUGAGACGACUCCAAGGUUCGAUGAUCAAGAGAUCUUUUGCGAUUCGACGAAGACGGACCCGAUUCCGUGGUUCCGCAAGUUCGAGCUCAAGUUGCAACUACACCACAGAUCUCCACGAGACAGUGGGCUGCACGUCGAAAGGCAAAGGCAAAUCGGGAAACUGAGCACCGCCGGGAGUAAGUCGACGACACUCUCGACGCCUUCGGAACCGGUUGCUUCGCGGGUGACCGCCCUUCGUUCCGAGGCACAUGCGGAAGCCGAUAGUCCUCUUCUAUACUCUUAUGAGGACUAUGCUGCCCAGCUCGUUCCUACGCUGGGUACUCAUGCUCAAGGACAAGAUGUGUGUGCGGCAUCGUCCCCGUUCGGUAGCGGCAACUUAUCGUCUUCAAGUGGUUCUUCACGGGAUUCGGCGCGCGAGUUCAACAUAGAGGUAUUGGACAUGCUCACGUCCGAGGAUUUUGCAUGGCUUCCUCUCCCGACCACAGGCCCUUUGUCGGGACCGCAAUGCGCAACAUUAUGCGCUCAUCUUCACACGUAUCUAUCCUUCUAUGCACCACCAACUUCGCCGACGGAGGACGAAGUUGCGGUGGGGGACAUCCUUGCGUAUGUUACUAAGGUGGCCCGCGAGUUUCGCAAGCAGUGGUACGAUGACAACAAUGCACCGCUCCUCUACGCAACGCUUUGCUGGAUAGCGACGCGUCUUAUUUCGAUCCGGCCGAACGAUCGCUACAAAUCCGCGUUCAAAACGCGGUAUGGGCAUUUUGAGUGGGUGGUCAUACCUUUUGGCCUCACCAACGCCCCAACGACCUUUCAAGCGACAAUGACCAACGAGUUUCGUACAAUGUUGGAUCGGUUCGUGCUGGUCUACUUAUACGACAUUCUCGUCUAUAGCCGGAUAUUGGAGGAUCAUCUUGAGCACCUUCGACGAGUGUUGGCGAUGCUCCGCCGCGCCAAGUACAAAGCCAACUGCGACAAGUGCGAAUUGGUCCGACAAGAGUUGGAAUACUUGGGCCAUUUUGUCACACCGGAGGGCAUCAGUCCGUUGUUGGACAAGAUUCAAGCCAUCCAAGAGUGGCCGGAGCUGCGGAACGUCAUGGAUGUCGGUUCGUUCCUUGGCCUUGCCGGCUACUACCAAUGUUUUAUUAAGGGAUACUCGAAGAUCGCGACCCACUUGACCAAGCUGCAAUGCGAGGAUUGGCCGUUUGACUUCGGAGAGGAUGCGCGGGAAUCAUUUUUGGAUCUCAAAGCCACGCUAUUAUCUGCGGAGGUCUUGCGCAUAUACGACCCGCUAUUGCCAACGAGCGUCACUACGGAUGCGUCCGGCUAUGGCAUUGGUGCUGUCCUCGAACAACACGAUGGUGUGGACUGACACCCGGUCGAGUACUUCAGCAAGAAAGU